AUGAUGCAGGAUCAUCAGAAAUCUGGAGUUUCUUCUAGUCAGGAUCUAUUUGAUCUUUUCGAACAGGGUAAUGAUAUUGACUUUGAGACAGCAUAUCAGAUGUUAAGCGGUACAUUAGAAGAAUCAGAACCAUUACAAUUUAUGCACAAGGGUCCAAGACAGCAAGAAGUAAGUACUCCUAUUGCAAAUAUCUUACCUCCUUUAGAUCCUAUUAAACCUGCAACACCUAAUGUUAUGAGUAACACAACACCUUAUGAAUACGCCAAUACAAACCUAAUCAAAACACCUCACGAUAAUAAUAUUCUUUUUUCACCGGAUAAUCAUACAAAGUCAAUGUUCAGCUUGGAUGGACAUACUACGAACCAUGGGAUAAGUAACAAUCAAAAGUCCUAUUAUAAUUUCGAUGGCAUUAGGAGUAAACAUACUGGAUUUGAGGGUAGUGUUUUACCUCAUUUUUACGAAUCGAAAUUGACCAGCCCACAAAGACUUCUAACCGAAAGUCCACAUCUUCCUACGAUCAGCCAAAACUUUCUAACAAGAUCACCAAUAUUUACUUCUCAGCCUUUCGAAAAUCAUCAAAAUAUUGGAAUACCACCAAUGAUCCAGGAAAAGCUACAUAACAAUUUCGGUUUUCCUCAGAAAGGAUUAGAUGAUCACUUUAAAAGUCCAGAAUUACUAAGUUCAUAUGAAUCACAUGCGAUAGAGAACUUCUUAGAUAACCUGGUCGCAUCUGAUCCUUUCCACAAUGAUAAAAAUGAUAUAGAUUUCAAAAUUGGAAAUGACAAAGCAGCUGUGCAUGAGGAUAUGAAUAACAAGGGCAACAUUCUCAGCGCUGAAAUUAUAAAUAAUAACAAAUGCAAUUCUUCUAUUGAUGUGACACAAAAUAGAAUUAAUUCAACCCUGCAUAAAAAUUCAAACUCAUCUGACAUUGUCCAUAAUAGAGAAGACUAUAAAAAUACGGAUCUUACAACAAACCAUAAAAUAAAAAAAAUACCAGUACCGAAGGAUUAUCCUACAAAAAAUAUUGAGCUCCCAGGUAUUGUAAUAUCAGAUGAUGAUAUACCCGCUGAUAUUAGACACGAUAUGGCAAAAGUACGAAAAUGGAAGCAUGUUAGAUUGGAAAAACUCAGAAGAACCCAUUCAAAAAAUGCUUUUGAUGAUCUAAUCAAAUUAAUAGAAACCCCACAUCCAAAUUUGGAUAAAAGAAUACCAAAGUAUAAACUCUUAGGCCUAGUAAUGAAUGAUAUCAAAGGGUUAUUAGAGGCCAAUGAAAAGCUCGAAAAAUUAUUAAACUCCUAA